UCACUCACUUCCCAAGUUUCAACCAAAAGGAUAAUAAUCUUCUUCUUGUUCUUCAAUGGCAGAAAAGAAGAACCCAGAACAAGAAGAACAACACCGAUUCCCAGUUCUGACAGUGCUCAAGAACAACGCAAUCCUCAAGAACAUCUUCAUCGUACUCGAUGAACACGACGAGGAUCAGACGGUUCUGAUUGGACGACACCCUAACUGCAACAUCGUCCUCACGCACCCCAGCGUGAGCCGCUUCCACCUCAGGAUUCGCUCCAACCCCUCUUCCCGCACUCUUUCACUCGUUGAUUUGGCUUCUGUGCAGGGUACGUGGGUGCGUGGGAGGAAGCUCGAGCCAGGAGUGAGUGUAGAAUUGAAGGAAGGUGACACCUUCACUGUUGGGAUUUCCACUAGGAUUUAUCGUCUCAGCUGGGCUCCUCUUACCCAAUUGGGUGUCGUUGUGCCCCAACAACAUCAAAAAGAAGAUGAACAAGAAAACAUAAUCAAGGAUGAGAAUUUGGAACACACUGCAGAACAAGAUAUUCCGAUGUCUGAAGACAUUGUUUCUGUUUGUUGUGAUGAAGAAAGGAAGAUCCAUUCUGAAGAUGAGGCAUUGGGAGUUCCCAAUGGAACUGAAACAUCAUGUUUUCCUACAAACUCUUGUGUUGAAAACAUAAUUUGUGACUGUCAAUUAUCACCCCCAUACAUACAAUCACCCCCUUGUGCACAACCGGUUGAUGAGCUUGAUAACACCAAGAAAAUUGAAGCUCGUCUCGAAGUGGAGAUGCCUGGAGAAACUAAUUUGCUUUGCACAUUGAGGGAAUAUUUGAAACACAACAUAUGUCUGCCAGUUGUGGAAGCAGUCCAGGGGACCAAGAUGCAGCAAUUUCAAGCCCCACAUGAUACUUUUACCGGACAACCACCUUCCUUGGAAAUGCAUUGGUCCAGCUUUCAAAUAAAUAUUGAUCCUUCGUCUUUUGAUGAAAAACAUGCUGCUGCAGUGCCUGUAAUACCUACAGAAUCUGAAUUUGGAUGCACACAUGGAGAUAAUGACAAGGUUGAAGGUAUUUUAACUACUGCACCAAGAAGUUUCAAUUCUGAGAACACAUGUUUGAUAGUUGACGAAGAUAUCCCUGAUUCUGAAUUUCAUAAAAUGGAAGUUGUUGAAGAAGUUUCUGUGGAUUCAGUACCUGAUGGAGAAAAACAAGAUGAAAUGCAUGGGUCAAGCUCACCUACAAAUCUUGAUCCCGCGUUUUUAGAUGAAAAACAUGUUGCUGCAGUGGCUGUAAUACCUACAGAAUCUGAAUUUGGAUGCACAUACGGAGAUAAUGACAAAGUUGAAGAUAUUUUAACUACUGGAUCAAGAACAUUCAAUUCUGAGAACACAUGCUUGAUAGUUGACAAAGAUAUUCCUGAUUCUGAAUUUCAUCAAAUGGAAGUUGUUGAAGAAAUAUCUGUGGAUUCAGUACCUGAUGAAGAAAAACAAGAUGAAUGCGAUGAAGAGAACCUGAAUGGUAAAUCUUGCCGUGAGGAAGGGUACUCACUAGAUGAAGUAGUUGAAGAUAAUGGAAACAAAUGCAUUAAAAACAUAGAUCCUGCAUCUUUUGAUGGAAAGGGCUUGACUGCAGUAUCUGUAAUACCCACAGAAUUUGAAUUUGGAUGCACACUCGGAGAUAAUGAAAGGAUUGAAGAUAUUUUAGAAAUGGAGUCAAGAACUAUCAAUUCUGAGAACACAUCCUUACUAGAUGAGAAAGCUAUUGCUGUUACCAAAUUUCAACUAGUCAAUAUUGUUGAGGAAGGGGGGUACUCACUGGAUGAAGUAGUUGAAGAUAAUGGAAACAAAUGCAUUAAAAACAUAGAUCCUGCAUCUUUUGAUGGAAAGGGCUUGGCUGCAGUAACUGUAAUACCCUCAGAAUCUGAAUUUGGAUGCACACUCGGAGAUAAUGAAAGGAUUGAAGAUAUUUUAGAAAUGGAGUCAAGAACUAUCAAUUCUGAGAACACAUCCUUGCUAGAUGAGAAUGCUAUUGCUGUUACCAAAUUUCAAGUAGUCAAUAUUGUUGAAGAAGUUGCUAUGGAUUCAAUAUCUGAUGGAAACAAAUGCAUUAAAAACAUAGAUCCUGCAUCUUUUGAUGGAAAGGGCUUGGCUGCAGUAACUGUAAUACCCUCAGAAUCUGAAUUUGGAUGCACACUCGGAGAUAAUGAAAGGAUUGAAGAUAUUUUAGAAAUGGAGUCAAGAACUAUCAAUUCUGAAAACACAUCCUUGCUAGAUGAGAAUGCUAUUGCUGUUACCAAAUUUCAAGUAGUCAAUAUUGUUGAAGAAGUUGCUAUGGAUUCAAUAUCUGAUGGAGAAAAACAAGAUAAAUGUGGGAAGGAGUUGGAGUCAAAGUUGCCGGCUUCCCUGAAUGCGAAGUCCUGUCACGAACAAGGUAAGUCAGUGGCUGAGAUAGCUGAAGAUACUGGAAAAAAAUGUGCAAGCAGCAUCUCCUCCACAUCAUUUCAAGUAGAAUCACCAAAUUCUUCGAUGCCUCGGGAACAGACCCCUCAAUCUCUCACUGCUGUGACAAGAUGCUCUGGAGGGGAGUUCCUUGAAAACCAUGUCAAACCAACAGAGAAAAGCUCAGCCUUUGGCAGUAUCUGGUCAAGGUGUAAGCCUGCUAGUGCUCCCCUAGUUCAAGCCAGAAAGAGUAGAUUUAUGAGCACAGCUAAGGUUGGCACUGAAGUUAAAAGGAGUAAUGAGAAGAAUGUUGCCAUAAAUAAAUUAAUGCCGAAGGAUCUUUCUGCUGUUUUUGAUGAGGAGAAAGAAGCAUUCAUUCUAAAUAAGGAAAAUUUAAGCCCAAAUACCUAUCACUUGCAGUUUAUGAGAAAGAGAGAUAAGCCAGAAGAAAUUAAACAUUCCAUAUCACAAAGGUCACCCAAUUUGAGCUAUUUUAGUCCCAGGAUCUAUUUAGACAAAAGAAUAAGCAGUGUUUCAAACAAAGUGAACCAGACUCCAAAAGUAGCUCAAGAAUGGAAGUCACAAAGAAAGCCUCUUCAAUGUCAUAUCAACUUGGUCCAUGAGCAAGAUAUGAUGGAGUUAAAAAAGAACAGAGUGGAAAAGGUAGCACCCUUCCCAUCACUAAUGAACUCAGGAGGGAACCAUAAAUCAGUGACUGUUUCUGCUGCAAAAAGCAUUGAUGAUGUGCCUAUUUGUGGACAGAUUUCAAAUAAGUGCACUAAAACUUCUCAGCAUACUAGUAGAGAACAAAAGAGGAGCUGGGACAUGGUUGUAGACACUGCUUCUCUUCUGAACAAGGAGUCAAGGAAAGCUUUGCAGCUUCUACAAGGCCUCAAGGGGACUCGUUUAAUCAUUCCAAGUUUGGUCAUAAGGGAACUCGGCAGCAUGAAGCAAAAAUUUAGAAUUUUCAGAACAACUUCAGAGGCUUCUUUGGCAUUAGAGUGGAUUGAAGAAUGCUUGGAGAAAACAAGGUGGUGGAUUCAUAUCCAAAGCUCAAUGGAGGAGUUCAGGCUGACAGCUCUAACCCAUCAUGCUUCUCCUCAGACUCGGUUUAUUGAAGAGAGUUGGGCUUUUCCUGGUUUCACCUUGAAGAAAUGUGCUUCACCUAAAGUUGAAGAUCACAUCCUUGACUCUGCCCUUCAAUAUGGAAGAAAGGAGAAUGUUGGACAACUUGUCCUUCUUAGUAGUGAUGUCUCAUUGAAAAUAAAAUCCAUGGCAAAGGGGUUGCUAUGUGAGACAGUGCAACAAUUUCGGCAGAGUUUAGUGAACCCCUUCUCUGAGAGGUUCAUGUGGCCAAAGAGCUCUCCUCGAGGACUGACUUGGUCUUGCCAAGAUGAUUUAGUUUUAAGGGAGAAAUAUUGUGGAUUGCCAUCAAAAGCUGGUUUGAAGCUCAUUACUUUCCAUGAUUAGUUUCUUAACUGUAAUAAUAAUAUUCUCAUUUUUCAGUUUUCAAACUUACUCUUAAGAUUCAGUUUUGAUAAUUGGUGUCACACCUCGGAUUUAACAUGCCACAUUGCAUAUCCAUCAAACUAAACGGAGAGUCGAAGACAGACGUGGGAGAAAGUGGUGAUAUCCUCUAUAAUUUAGCUGAUAAAGUUGUUUUAAUUGAUAUUUAAUUCCUUUAUAAAAGUUAUAUUCUAUUAAAAGAAUGUUAUUCAAUAA